AUGCAGGAAACUGGAGAGAGGAUGUACAUACCAGACCGCUCACGGUCGAAUAGCGAGGUUUUUCACGAUGACAUAUGCCGACGAAGGCGCGAGGGCGAGUUCUGUAUGUUGCCAACCGCCAGAGACAUCCAGAGACGACGCCCGCAAUCGAUCGAGCUGCUAUACGUCCACUGCAGUCCAGAAGGCACACGAUGCCAGACGUCCUUCCUCGGGAUUUUCGUUGGGUGGGAAAUCGUGUCGCACUUUAACUCCACCAAUAGCAAUCCAUCUUCGAACAUGGACGGCGUUGUUCACAGCAACUGCAAGAAUCCGGCAAAAUAUGAACCGUACCGGUUCACACUGAGCGACAAGCUGCGUAAAAUCGCCAAAGCCGAGCUUCGCGAAACGGAUUCCAUCCGGGAGCAAUCGCUGGCGCAGAUGCGCGAAUGGAUCGCCAAAAAUCCACACAUCAAAAAAUGCCGCACAGAUCCAGUUUUCCUGCUACGUUUUCUUCGAACUAAGAAAUUUUCUGUUGUUCAAGCGUGCGAAAUGCUGGAAAAGUACUUAUCCAUCCGGCAGACCUAUCCAAAGUGGUUUCGAAACUGUGACAUUGAUAGCCCGGAAUUGGAGGCCGUCAUCGACGGUGGUUAUAUCCUGCCGCUUCCCCAGCGAGAUGCGAAUGGACAACAGUUGGUACUAUCGGUUGCUGGUAAUCUCGAUCUUAAUCGAGUUAAUUCUACCGUACUGGCCAAGGCACAUUUUCUGGUACAGGAAGUGCUAGCCGAUGACGAAGAGGCUCAAAUCUGUGGAUACGUACAGUGCUUGGACGAUCGUCUGCUAUCGAUGAGGUUGCUGGGAUUAUGGUCUUUGGUGGAUAUCAAGCGGGUAACGGAAUGCAUGCAGAAUGGAAUCCCAACCCGCAUUAGGUCGUUCAACUUUGUUGGUUUACCGUCCUCAGCGAUUACGAUAAUGGAGUUUUGCGUGUCUCUGUUAUCCGAUAAAUUGAAAAAGCGCGUUAAUCUUUUCCGAACGGUAAAAGAUUUUGCAGCGAAAAUGGAUAAGAGCAUCCUACCGGAGGAAUAUGGUGGCACCGCUGGGCCAAUAGCGGAUAUGAUUGCACAGUUCAAGGAACGCUGUCGAGCGAAACGUGCACAGCUUCUAGCGAUGGAUGAGAUGCACAUUGAAAUCACAAAAUCUUCCAGCUUCUACGCGGACACGUGCCGCAGGGAUUUGGACACCGGAAUAAUAGGCAGCUUUCGAAAACUGGAAGUUGACUAGAUCAAUUUUCUUCUGACCAGAUUUCCUCUAAGCUUAUCCAAAUCGUAAAGUGAUAUAUUUGUUACCGUAAGACGUGAGAACUUGUAACCAUUACGUUAUGAUGAUUCUAUAUUGUACAUUUUUGUAUACUAUU